AUGUCCGACAUAGAGGACCCAAUUGACUCAGUCGACGAAGGCGGCGACGACCUCUUUGGCGAUGAUGGCGACGAUGAUGUCGUACCUACCAAGGAGCCUGUCCAUGAGGAUGAUGAACUUGCUUCGGACCCAGAAGGGGACAGCUACGCGCGGUAUCGCAACGAUGACGACGACCAGACUCAAGUCCAGACAAAAGAACGAGCUAUUCAAAACGUCGAAACUUAUCGACAUCGAAUUCCGAAGCCUAAAGAUGGCGCGCUUCGAAUUCUACGGAUCCCCAAGUUCAUGAAGAUAAUGCCUGAAGUGUACGAUCCCGAGACGUUUGAACCGACAGAAUUCGACCUGGCAAAUGCUAAAGCUGAACAUCCUAAGCAUGUCGCCCGAGUACGAAAAGAUCAUAGCACCGGCGAAUUCAAGAGUAAUACAAACAUCUUUCACUGGAGCGACGGAUCAGUGACCAUUUCCGUUGGCGGAGAGCACUAUGAGAUCCAGAGAAAGGCGCUCGCCCCACCACCAGACAAGCCCUACAACGAGGUCAAUGAUGGUCACUACUACGCUGCUGCCGCUGAGUUGCACAGCAACAUCCUUAUGACGGUUGGGCAUAUCACAGAGCAAUACAAUGUUCGACCCAACAAGGCAGUUGGAGAUGACGCGCUGACUCUCCUAGCUGAGAGGAUGGCUGUCGCCAGUAAGCCUGUGAAUGCAACUGACAUGAUCAUCCAAACUACUGUCGACCCCGAACUCCAGAAGAAACAGGCCGAAUUGGCUGAGAAGGAAAGAAUGAAGGCACAGAGGCGACGCGAGAAUGCUGCCGCCAAGAUGGAUGGUGGGUACGGCCGAUCACGAGGAGGGCUAUCUAUUGGGGACCUUGAAGGUGGACGCCGAGGCGCGGCAGGCUCUCGCAAGCGCGGUGCACCUGGGUCGGGCAAACCUAGAAGGCGAAGAGAUGAGGAAUCAGACGAGGAGCUUGAGCAUGCUGUUGGUCGGCAUGAAGGCUACUCCCUCGACGAUGGUUUCAUCGUCAACAGCGACGAAGAAGUGGAAAGCGGAGGCGAUGAUGACGACGAAGAUGACUUUCCCGAUGACGACGAAGAGGAGAAGCCUCGCUCCAAACGUCAGAGGACAAGGGAUCGCAGUGAGGACGAAGAUGAUCUCAGUGAAGUUGAACAAGUGGCAGGAAGAUCCCGCAGGAGAAAUGUCAUCGAUGAUGAUGACGACUAA